GUCGCUAUCGCCGCCGCCGCCGUCGUCGUCGUGUUAGCGCCGCCACUGCCGUCGUGGUCGCCGCGUAACGCCGCCGUGGCCAGCAUCGCAUACGAAUGAGAAAAAUGAAAACCGUGUGGUCCGAACAAUAAUAUUAUUAUACUUUCCGCAGUCGUGGGUGAAUCUUCAUAMAGAGAUUCUGCUCUUCGGCCCGCGACAUUUCGUUAAUAAUAUAAUAUAAAAAAUCAAAUUUCGUCGUGACACUCUCUCGUCGUUUUUGUACAUUAAAUGCGACAAUAAUAAACUAUAUAUAUAGGAAUCAUUAAUAAUUAUUCGUUAAUAAAAAAAAAUAAAAUAUAUUUAUAAUAUAUAAAACAUACAUCCGUUCCACGUGCACAGUUUCAGGAAAAAAUGCGAUUGUGCAACCUCAUGCUGUGACCUUUGAUAUGGUCACCGAAAAAUGAAGACGUUGGCCGGCGCCAUAAUACUAUGCAUCAUGCUCGUCAUAAUUUCUGGAUGUUCAAUGAAUCCGGAUGCAAAAAGGCUGUACGAUGACCUUUUAUCAAAUUACAACAAGCUCGUAAGGCCUGUGCUCAACAAUACUGAUCCGCUACCUGUACGGAUUAAGCUCAAACUAUCACAGCUCAUCGACAUUAUGUUAUCAGAAUAUGAGAUUCUAGAAGAGUUGAAUGCUAUUACGGAUGAUAUGGCAUUCGAUUCGGAAGACAGUGGAGAUUCUGAUGCAAAAGACUAUACCACCAAUGUAAAUAACUCUCUAAAUAAACAAGUUUGGCAUUUAUCUACCAGAUCAUCAGGUUCUAGUAUGACUGAAACUGAAGUGCAUGUGCCUAAUGUAGAAAAUAUCGAACAAGCAAAUAGUAACAUUCCUUCUACUUCUCAAAUGAAAAUGAUUUGGCACAAAAACAUUUAUUGGUAUGACUAUAAGUUGACGUGGAAUCCUGACGAAUAUGGAGGUGUAGAAGGGUUACACGUACCGUCUGAACACGUUUGGAGGCCAGAUAUUGUUCUUUACAACAAUGCUGAUGGCAAUUUCGAAGUAACAUUAGCUACUAAGGCUAUGCUUCACUAUAGUGGCCGGGUUGAGUGGAAACCUCCAGCUAUUUACAAGUCUUCCUGCGAAAUAGAUGUAGAAUUUUUCCCGUUUGACGAACAAACGUGUGUGAUGAAAUUUGGAUCGUGGACAUACGAUGGUUUUCAGAACUAUUAG